AUGGCUUGGGCAUGGACGGAGACGCUAGCCGUGUCGACAGAAGACAGGCCGAAAAUUCCUCCGGUGCAAUCAUUCAAGCCACCUGUCGGCGCGAAGGUGCGUGAGGAUCCACGACUCCCGCACGAUGCGAGCAAACCAGGUGGAAGGAACGAAGCAGAUCGUUGGGUCAAGUUUGCCGCGGCGGCAUUCCAGCAAGCAGGCAUUCGCCGCGGAGACGCCGACCAACUUGCCUUCGAGGAUGGCCUUGGCAACUUCGACGAAACUCCCGCACGUGUGUGGACCGUGCCAACCCGAAAGGGCAUUACACGCGACCGCAAUCUGGUUCAUGAGGAGGUGACAGCGUCGCAAAACAAAGAGCGAAAUUUAAUCCAUUGCCGCGAGUACAAUCGGAAAGGCUGGACUCAGCAGCAGCUUUGCCGUGUUGUCCGGGGUAUGGAUUACACCUACCACGCCAGCCAGGCUAAAGCACAGCCAACGCAAGACAACCGCGAGCUGGUGUGGGCAGCUAGACAAUCGGAGAACUCGAAAGUGC